AUGGCGUCAUCGCCGGCCAGGUCGGCCGGUGAAGGCACAUCAGUCUCCUCCGUGGCAGGUGCUUCUCCUUCCACUGGGUUGCUGGGAAUACCCCCCGCCGCCAGUCGAGGGCCAGUCCUCACGGGGAUCUCCGAUCUGGGUUGUUGGUUGCGCCCUCCCCGUCUGCCUCUCAUCCCCCCGCCCAAAACCCCUCGUUGUCCCCGCCCAGCCGCUCCCGCCGUUUCAGCCGCUCCGUUGCCACCGCGGCCCGCCGGCAUCCACGGCGUGCGGCCUCCCCGUGGUGGUCCCCAGGUUAUCGCUCCCAGCCGUGCCGACCUCCUGGUCCCUACAGCCUCUACCGCUACGUUCGGGCCUGUUGCUGCCGCUGUCGUAUCUGUCACUGCCGGGCCCCAUUGGUGGCGCGGACUUGGUUUCCCGGCGCCUGCGUCGGCGCGGCCUGCGUCGUUGUCUGCGCGGUGGAGGUCGCCACAGCCGCUUCGACGUGAGAUGGCGGCGGACGUGCUGGCCCUUGUGGCGACUGCCCUUGCAGCAGCCAGCCCAGGAGGGGUCCCGGGACGCCAGGUCCCAGCCCUGCUCCAGGCCGCCUCGGUGCUGGCUGGGCGCGGAGCUUCUUCCCGCGAGCGGCGCAAGAGGCAACGCCAGUCCCGGGAACCGGUCUACCACUCCCCGCCCGGCCGUGUCCCUGCAUGUUUACGCCCCCGGCACCAGCAGAGGUUCCGGCGGACUCAGCGGCAGGCGGCGCCGUCUCUUCGUUCGGGGGUAGUUGCUGUCGCCUCCCUGCCUCAACCACGACCGCAGCAACCUCAGCCGUCCCCAGCGGUGACGGGGAUGCAGCCGACUCCGGUACCAUUUGACACUCCUCCGCGGUCCCACCCCCCCCCUCAGGUAGCAGCGGUUCAGGCGGUCGCACCACAGCCGGCGAGGUUAAGCCGCAGUCAGAGGCGGCAGCAGUCUCGGCAGCGGACACUCCCCACACCGUCCCAGCCGUUUGUGUCCCCUCCUGCGCCAUCCUCGUCCCCUCAGCCGCAGCAGCUGCGUCAGUCUCCUCCAGCAGCGCCGCACCCUCGGCCUCAGCAGCAUCAGCAGCCGCCGCCAAACCAGUUUCCGCUGCCCCAGCCCCAGCUGCAUCAGCCGCCAGCUCCCCAAGUGCAGCCGUUCCCUCCCAUCCCGCGAGCCCCUCGUGCUGCCGCUGCUCCUGUUGCUGCGACGCCACUCCACAUCGAGCAGCACGUAAUGCACGUGGGGACGUGUCUGACUUUGCUGUCGUACGUCCUGGACCAGCUCCAUAUGUGUUUGGCGCGCCAGAGUCUCGCCGUUGGGGGGAUGGUACCGUCGGAGCAGUCGGCGGCAGUGGCAGCAGCAACGGAGAUGCUGCAUUAUCUCCCCUUGAUCGGUCUUGUCCCUGGCGCACCUGGUGCAGCGCUCGGGCCCGGGCCUGGGGCAAUGAUGCGGCUUGCAGAGUCCACUCAGCAGGCCCCCCUUGGCCUUGUAUCAGCAGCCGCAUCCGUCCUGCGUUGGAUGGACGGGAGGCUGUGCUGGAUACUCGCCGAGUAG